AUGGAUAAAGCUAAACCAAGUGGUUGUCCUUUACCGUAUGGUGAGAAACAAGGAAGUUUUAGAGGCGUUGUAGCGAGUUCUAAUCGUGAUGAUGGAUUUUUCAGUGGUGAGAGCAAUUAUGUGGAUUAUGUAGUGUACACUGGGUUUCGCUACCAAUGUGUGGAGUUUGCCCGACGCUUUCUCCUUCUCACAACUGGAUGUAUAUUUGGUUCUUGUGGACGUGCGAGUGAGAUAUUUAAAAUGACUACUAUAACACACGUAGAGACUGGAGUUACAUAUAAUUUUAACGCUCAUCCAAAUGGGAAAUCUGAACGUCGUCCUGCUCCUGGUGAUAUUAUUGUUUACCCAUAUCAUCGACAACAUAUGCCAUGGGGUCAUGUUGGCGUUAUAUCGUACGUGGGAGAUGAUGGAAAAGUGGGUAUUGCUGAACAGAAUCAUGUUUUUUUCCCUUUUUUCUCUCCAAGCCCUGAUUACCUUGAUGGUGAGUGUUGUGUAUCGCGUUAUAUUCAUCUUGAACAGACCUCUGAUGGAUAUUGGUAUCUGAAGGAGCAAGAAGGAGAAAGUGGUGUGGAUUGUCUUGGAUGGAUGUCCUACCCUGGAGUUCCACAGCGUAAACUUAUUCAUAAACAGAUUUGUCCUAUUCCAGAACAAUUAAGUGUUCGUUCUACACCAGUGGAAAACAUGGAUCAUCCAUCUCUUUGGCAAUUCACACUACCAGAUGAUUCAUGUGCUAUUCGUACUCUCUAUAUAUUUCGUCAAGGCACUGGAGAAGCAUUAAUAGGCGCUACAACAGCUUUUUCACGUAUUAUUCGUGUUACUCUGCAAUUUUUAUUUAAUCGACAUCGUUUGAGUGCUGGGUUUAACGCUCUCCCAACGAAUCCAUUAGGGGCAGACCUUAUGGAAGCACCAAAGACGCUUCUAGAUGUUAUGGAAGCUUCAAUAUUAGAAGGUUGUGAAGGUGAAGCAGAAAUGGAUCGUGCCCUUGCGGCUCACUUUGGUUUUGAUAUUACUGUAAUUGCAGCUAUGCGUCGUGAAUUUAAUCUUGGUGAAGUACAUAUGCUUGCGAAUACAACUUUUUGUCUUAAUUUGGCGGAAGAGUCUACAAUGAAACUUGAUAGUGGUUUUGAGGUUAAUGUUAUGAAGAUUGGAAAUCCACACGAUGAAGGAUGGCUUAUUGAAAAAGUUAAUUUUGGUACCCCUAAAAUUAUUUCUGAACUUGCAGGGCCCCGUGCUUGUCGCGAAACAUAUAAUAAAUUUUUACAUCAAGCAUUAUCACCUGAAGUGAGUGGUUCAAUGAUGUCAGAGUGUCGUGUGGAUUUUUCUCGUUAUGUUAAAGAUGUGGAAGGGGUACGUGGACCGCGUAAUGGAUUUACAAUUGUAAAAAAUUCACAUCAUUCUAAUGAUACUGUAGAUAAUAUUAUAAGUAUUAUUAUAGAAUACUGUGAAGCUUUUAAGUAUCCUACACUUAUAGUGGAUGAAUCACAACUUUUAUAUGAAUCUAAGCAUUCUAAACUUUAUGCAUCUCUGGAGGCUGGAAAGAAAUUACAGAUUGACUUUUGUUUUUGUAUUACAGAGUGGUCGGAUAUAAUUGCGGCAUCCCAUUCAGGUACAAAAACUGAAGGAAAAUAUGAGGGACUUUCUGCACUUCGUCAAGCAGCCCUUGAUCCACACUCGGAUGUGGUAUUUGCAAAACCUCUUUGGUCACUACUUUGCAGCGGUAAAAUUCGUCCAACAGCAAAAUCACUGAAUAGCACUAGCAGCAAAUUCUUUGAUAUCAGUCGCCGCCUAUAUGAGUACGCAUCACCUAAACAACCACCAGAUAUGUGGGAACGUGAUGUUCAUGAGUUUAAGGACUCCUGCCGCCGCUGUCACUUAUCGCUUCCCCUUUCAGAGGGAGUCACAUCACGUAGCGCCAGAGGAGAAACAGUUCUUGUGAACUUCGCUGUCAGCUGUUGUACAGGUCGCGAUCCAGAUGGUAACAUUGCUGGACUCAUGUAUGCGUUUUAUUAG